AAUAUAUAGCAGCUAGCAAUGUCCUCAUACGGGCAGUAAUAAAUCACAAAAGUUUCAAACAAAUUUUAUAAGAAUAUAAAAAAUAGACCAUCCACCAGACGCCUAACAUAAAUAUUUUCCUAUACGAGCAGUGGAGAAUGGCUCUAUCAGUCACUCGUGGUCGUUGGUGACUCCUGAGUCCUGACCACCGUCACUCCGCCGGAAAACGAUGGGUUCAGACCGCCAAAUGACGUCGUCCCCGGCCCUCAAAAACCCCGGCACCAAACUCCGGCGAGCCCCGCACUCCAAACCCCCGUUCACACUCAGCCAGCUGAAGAAAGCCAUCCCGCCGCAUUGUUUCCGACGAUCGGCGCUUCGUUCCCUCUCCUACGUCGUCUCCGACCUCGCUGUCGCUGCCUUGCUUUCUCACAUUUCCACCACCUACGUCCCCUUCCUUCCCCGCCCGCUGCGCUACCUCGCCUGGCCAGUCGUUUGGUUCCUCCAGGGCUGCGUUUUGACCGGCUACUGGAUCAUCGCCCACGACUGUGGCCACCACGCCUUCAGCGAGCACAAGUGGCUCGACGACCUCGUCGGCUUCUUCAUCCACUCCUCCCUCCUCGUCCCCUACUUCUCCUGGAAGUACAGCCACCGCCUUCACCACUCCAACACUGCGUCCCUCCCCCGCGACGAGUCCUUCGUCCCCAUGCUCCGUUCCCAAAUACCUUGGAUUUUCAAGUAUUUCAACAAUACACUGGGUCGGAUCCUUAUAAUUCUCGGAUCAGCCCUCAUGGGCUGGCCGCUCUACCUCCUCGUCAACGCCUCGGGUCACACCUACGACCGCUGGACCUCUCACUUCGACCCGUACAGCCCCCUCUACACCGACCGCGAUCGGGUCAUGAUCCUAGUCUCCGACGCUGGAGUUCUCGCCACCGGGUAUAUACUCUUCCGGGUAGCGGUCGCGAAGGGGGUGUGGUGGUUGUUCUGCGCUCUCGGCGCCCCGAUGCUGGUGGUUCACGCGUUUCUUGCACUGAUUAUUUUCUUGCAGCACACGCAUCCUUCGUUGCCGCACUACGACGGGUCGGAGUGGGACUGGAUGAGAGGAGCUCUGUCGACGGUGGACAGAGACUACGGAAUUCUGAACGGAGUUUUUCACAACGUCGCCGACACGCACGUGCUGCACCACCUCUUCACCACGAUUCCGCACUAUAACGCCAUGGAAGCCACCAAGGCUGUAAGGCCCAUACUUGGGGAGUACUACCGGUUCGACGCGACGCCGUUCUGGCAAGCCGUGUGGAGGGAGGUGAGAGAGUGCGUGUUCGUGGAGCCGGACGGUGGCGAGGGGAACGGCGGCGUUUACUGGUUCAGAAAUUAUGCGGUCAAAAAUAAAAUUUGAUAAGGUCAUUAAGUGGGGAUCAAUGUUAUCUGCAUGGGUGAACAGGGCUGUGGAUUUGCAUUC